AUGUCUGUCCCCGUAACGGAGAGCAUCGGGAAGGCUCGGUGGACCCAGGGCGAGGAUGACGAGACGUGCCUCGAAGUCCGCAUUCCGUGUGUUCUCCCCGACGGCGUGCGGCCGCGCGAGCUGACGGUUGAUAUCAAGGAUAGCUGCAUUCUGUGCAUCAGUCACAAGGAGACGCGGAUCCUGCAGUGGCGCCUGUACGCCCCUGUGAACGAUGAGGUGGAGUGGCGCAUGGAGGAUGACAACAUCCUCGUGGUGGAGUUGGAUAAGAGGUCCGGCGCACCAUGGAGCUGUCUACUUGACCUACAGAUGCGCGCCGACGACGAGCUGCUGACAUCGAUUGCCGAGAUCGACCGUAUGUUCCGUACGCAGCUGCCCGUUCUUCCCUCCAUCGAGGAUGGUGAGGGCGAGUAUGCGGCGAAGAAGGCGUCUGAUCAAGAUGAGGUGGAGAAGAACGGCGAAGCUGGCGGCAAGGAGGCGGGCGGGGAGGACGACCUUGAUAAACUGCUUGACGAGGUGGCAAAGGAGGUCACGGGCAAGGAGCCGAAGGAGAACGACGACGAGGACGAUAGCACCGCUGCUUUUAUCAAGGCUGAGCUUGAGAACUACCGCGUUGAGGAGGAGGAGAUUAAGAAGAAGCUGGUGGAAGUUGAGGCCACGCUGAACAACUCAACAGACACCGACGCCACCAAUACGGCGAGCGAGCAGAAGAACAUCCUGAGUGAGAUGGCUCGACUCCACAACCAGUGCCGUGCAAUUCGAUCGCAGCCGAGCACACUGGAGAACUUUCUGAUGUGCACGCAGCUCGACCUGCAGAAGGCACGUGUCAACAUUGGUGAGACUGGUGAGAACGAGGAGGAGGAGUACCAGUCGGACGAGGAGCGUGAGCUGAGCGCGACGGAACUCAUGACAUGCGGUCUGAAGUUCUUCGAGGACCAGGACAUCAAGGGCUGCCUGCACUUCCUGCGCCUCGCUGCCAUUCACCACAAGCACGAGCAGAGCACGCUACUAUUGUACAAUAUUUAUAGCCAGCUGCAGUCCCCUCGCGGUGCUUUCUUGCUGAUGAAGCGCGCACUCGACGAUAGCGUGCCGAGCGCUGCUGUGAAUCAGAAGAUCGGUGAGCUGUACGACCAGGGAGCGCGUCACUUUCUCCCCCUCUUUCCGGCAGCCAUUUACUUCUACCAGCGCGCAGCCAAGCUUGGUCACGUUAAUGGCAUGCUGAGCUUGGCGCAGCUGUGGCUUCGAGGCUCUACCGCGUCAUCGAUGCUCUCCGAGGAGGAGGUCGAGGCUCAACAGAGCAUCUCGAAGUACCACGCUUGGCUGCAGAAGGCAAUGGAUCGCGGCUGCGGCUCCGCGUACUUUGUGCGCGGCUGCAUGCACAUCAAGGGUGAACACGGCAUGGCCAAGUCGUACGCGGCGGCAAAAGAGUACCUCGACGCCGCGGCAAGCGCUCAACCGGAGAUUCUCCGCCGUGCCCCGCAGAUUCCCAUGAUGCUGGAGAUGCUGCGUGAGGAGGAAGAGAAGUCCGCGAAGCCGAAGGAAGGGACAACAAGCACGUCGGCGUCGACCACCAAGGCCGCCGCCGCUGCUACUGCCUCCGCUGCGCCAACAGCGUCGGCCAAGACUGCCGACGAAGGUGUCAAGGUAACUUCGUCGGUGGCUCGGUUGAAUGCUCUUAGCAGCAAGGCUGACAACUCCUUUGGUGGUAGCGGCGUCAUGGCCCCCCGAACCGUGAGCGAAGGCGCCGCCAUGCGCGCGAGAAAGGGCUUCAGGGGCGGCUCCCGCAGCAAGUUCUUCUGGGAGCAAGCCUGUGUUGCGAGUGUCACCAUGUACAGCGUGUACACUUUGGCGUUCCCUAUCCGCAUUAUCCUUCUCCCCUUUUUCUACUCGGCAAUUAGCGGUAUCAUUGAGCGCAUUCCGUGGCUGGCGAAUAGCAACGCCGAUCUCAGCAUGUUUUAG